GCGGGUCCUAGUAGGUUCUGCGCACGUGUGAUUCUGGUGCAGGAACCUCAAUUUCUGGUCCAAGUUGCUGCGGCUGCUGAUUUUUAGUCGAGAUGGGCAAGAAGGGGAAAGUCGGAAAGAGCAGAAGAGACAAGUUUUAUCACUUGGCCAAAGAGACCGGGUUUCGCUCCCGUUCUUCUUUUAAGUUGAUUCAGUUGAACCGCAAAUUCCAAUUCCUCCCAAAGUCACGGGCCUUGCUGGAUCUGUGUGCCGCUCCCGGAGGAUGGCUGCAGGUGGCCUCAAAAUUUAUGCCAGUUUCCAGUCUUAUUAUUGGGGUUGAUCUGGUUCCCAUCAAGCCCAUUCCUAAUGUGGUAACACUGCAGGAAGACAUCACUACCGAGAAGUGUCGCCAGACUUUGCGCAAGGAGCUGAAGACGUGGAAAGUGGAUGUUGUGUUGAAUGAUGGGGCUCCCAACGUAGGUGCCAGUUGGGUACAUGAUGCCUUUGCUCAAGCAAGCCUUACACUAUCAGCCCUGAAACUGGCCUGUGACUUCUUGUCAAAGGGUGGCUGGUUCAUCACCAAGGUCUUCCGUUCCCGGGAUUACCAGCCCCUUCUGUGGAUCUUUCAGCAGCUGUUUCAUAAAGUGCAAGCCACUAAGCCACAAGCCUCACGUAACGAAUCAGCUGAGAUCUUUGUGAUUUGUCAGGGUUACUUGGCUCCAGAUAAAAUUGACAAUAAAUUUUUUGACCCCAAGUUUGCUUUCAAAGAAGUGGAGGUGCAGGCCAAGUCUGUGACUGAACUGGUGUCCAAAAGGAAGCCAAAGGCUGAAGGAUAUGAAGAUGGAGCCACAGUUCUUUAUAACCGCUGCAGUCUGACAGAUUUUCUAAAAGCUUCCAAUCCAGUGGACUUCUUGGCCAAGGCCAGUGAGAUUGUCUUUGACAAUGAAGACUUGAAACAUCACAGUGCAACCAGUGAGGAAGUGCGUCAUUGUUGUCAAGACAUCCGUGUUCUUGGACGUAAGGAGCUCCGGGCCCUGCUGAAUUGGAGAACAAAAUUGAGGCGGUUUCUGGUAAAGAAGUUGAAAGAACAAGCUAAGGAAAUAGAUAUCAAUUUAAGUUCUGAUGAGGCGGAAGAAGGAGAGGAAGAAGUGCAAUCCAAGCAGACAGCUCCAGAAAUUCAAGAGAGAGGAGAAGAAGAAAAAGAAGCUGAAGAAUUAGAAUUACAACUUGCUCAGCUCAAAGCUGAGGAGAUAGCUGAACUAAAGAGGAAAAAACGUAAAAUUUUGCGUGAGCGCAGGCGCCAACGAGAACGUGUUGAACUGAAGAUGGAUCUUCCUGGAGUUUCUGUUGCAGAUGAUGGGGACACUGGGAUGUUCUCUCUCAGGGCAGUUGGCAAAAACCAGCUACUGCAUGAAUUGGUCCAGGGUGACAUGGCAGCUGCAGAUGCUUUUGUGGCAUCAUCCGCAAAUGCUGACGAUGACCUCUCUCUCUCUGAAGAAGGAGGCUCUGAUAAUGACGUCUCCUUGGCCAGUGACUUGGAUGAUGAGGAGAUGGCAGAGGUUGAGGAACGGGCCAAGCAAUUGAAGCAGGCCUGUGUCUCAGAAAGAGUUGCCCCUGAAGAUGAGAUGGAGGAAGACAAUGCUGAAGGAGGAAACCCUCUGUUAGUACCACUGGAGGACAAGGAAGAGCGUGAGCAGCAUCGGAUGAGCUUAUGGUUUGGCAAAGAAGCUUUUGCUGGAAUUGAUGAUGAUGCUGAUGAAGCACUAGAGAUUGGGCAGGCACAAGUCCUAUCCCAGACCUGGGCAGAACACCCACCAGUCUCAAAGAAUGGCAAGAAGGAAAAGAAGCUGCUACAACGUGAAACUGUGCCUGAAUCUAUGAACAGGGAAAGUCUUGAAUCUGAAAGAACAAAAGAGUCAACUGAAGGGGAGUCCUCUGAGGGAGAGGAGAGCGACAGCAGCGAUGAAAACAGGGAGCUGUCAGCCUCAAAGGCAGGGAUAAAGCGUAUCCAAGAUAGCCAAAGUGGUAUUGAGGUUGUCCCCAUUAUUGAUCCAGUGAAGCGAGCACGAGUUCUAAACCCUGAAGGACUGGCAUUAGGAGCAGUCAUUGCCACUUCCCACAAGGCCAAGAGAGACUUGAUUGAUGACUCUUUCAACAGGUAUACUUUCAAUGAGGAAGAAGGGGAGCUACCUGAAUGGUUUGUACAGGAAGAGCACCAGCACCGGCGCAAACCACUGCCUGUGAACCAUCAGACUGUGGAAGAGUAUCGCCAGCGUUGGCGUGAAAUUAAUGCUCGGCCCAUCAAGAAAGUAGCAGAAGCUAAGGCCCGCAAGAAACGACGAAUGUUAAAGAAACUGGAGCAGAUGAAGAAAAAAGCAGAAUCUGUAGUGAAUACUAUAGACAUCUCAGAGCGUGAAAAGGCUGCCCAACUACGCAGUAUCUACAAGAAAGCAGGUUUAGGGAAAGAAAAAAGACAGGUGACUUAUGUUAUGGCCAAGAAGGGUGCAGGACGGAAGGUUCGACGCCCUGCUGGAGUCAAGGGCCAUUUCAAAGUGGUGGACAGACGUCUCAAGAAGGACAUGAGAGCACAGAAACACAAGGAACAGAAACCAAGACGCAAGAAGCAAAAGUAAAGUUGUCAUAACUUAAUGAUUUUUUUUACUAGGGUGGGCUCUUUUGACUCCUUGAAUAUACCUGAGACAUUUAACCACAUAACCAUAAGCUCAUUCUCAGUGGGAUAGUCCUUAUCCUACAAACCGCUUUUGUUCCAUUAGCCACUGAUAAUGUAAGUUGCAUAAAGAUGGGGCAAGUGACACCUAUGUCCUUGAGGACUGUCUUUUUUUCCAAGUUCGUGUAGUAAUUUGUGUUUUAUUAAACACUCUUUUUUCCUGGAAAACAAUUGUUUCUGACUGUUUUAAGUUUUCUUGCCAAGAAAAAAAAUAGAAUUUGCUAUAACUGAAGGUCUCCCAGAAAUGUUUGAAAUAGUCAAGUGAUGUCCAGGUUCAAGAGGAGGCUGGUGGAAUAAAUGCAGAAAGUCGUACUAGGUAUGCAGAGGAAGAGAAAACCAGCAAAGCCUGUGGGGCAGAGUAGGCUGCCUCCAGAGGCUGCUUCAAGGUGAGGUGAAAGAGAGAAGUUACUGGUUGAGGCCCAAGCCAGUCCCAACCCCUGCCUGCCCACUGGAUUCCCCAAUCCAGGGCAGGGAUAGAAAGAAGGCAGCCUCUGCUUGCCUCAGGCCCCGGCUCUCUUAACGUCAGGCCAUCUUGCAGCAGUGGCACCAGCAGCAGACAAGGCAGGGGGGAGGCACGCAAUCCGGCCUGCCCAAAAACCUACGGUGGGAUGGAGUGGGCAGGGUCUUAAGUAGCACUUUUUUUUUGAGGUAGGGUUUAUAUUAGGCCCAACCCCCAAAAUCAAACUAGGUCUUAUUUUCUGGAUAGGUUGUAUUUUCGGGCAAACAUGGUACUACACCAGCAAGCCCUAGAAGGUCCAGGAUCUUUUGGUUCUGUGUUUGAUUUUCCUCUUGGCCUGGCUCAGUACUUAAUACUAAAUUAUGGCCAUGUGAAAAUGUCUUUCUGCAAUUUCUGAUGAAUGAAAAAUGCCCUACAUAGAUAUGGAUGAUAAUGCUGUGGCUUUAGGCUUGGGAAAUUUUAUUUAUUUCAGCAUGGUGCCACCAACAGUGUCCUAAAUUAACCAUCUCAGAUUCAACAACAGUAGCCAAAUCUAUACUUAUCUCCAUCCCUUAGAAAAAGAUGUGUGAGAUCUAUUUCAUAAACUAAAGAUCCAAAAAGCACCAGAUCCAGAUGGAGUAACUCCUUCUUGCUUGAAAAUCUGUGCUAGACAACAGGCUCCCAUCUUUAAUCACAUUGUUAAUAAAUCACUGGAGAUGUGCUAUGUCCCUUCUUGCUUCAAACACUCUACUAAUAUCCCGGUUCCCAAGAACCUUUUUAUAGACUUCAGCGUCAGCAUUCAAUACCAUCAUUCCAGAAACUCUUCACUCUAAACUGAUUCAGCUAGCUGUGCCUGUCCAUACUUUUAGGUAAAUUACUAGCUUUUUGACAGAUAGGAAGCAACAAGUGAAGCUAGGGAAAAUCACAUUGAGGACCUGCAUAGGCGUCCCUCAGGGUUUUGUGCUCUUUCCAUUUCUCUUCUUUCUCUAUAUCAAUGACUGCAUUUCUGGAUCCUUCUAUUAAAAGUAUUGAAGUUUGUAGAUGAUAGAAAAAUCGUUGGUACCAUUCGAGAUGGUAAUUGUUUAAAAAGACGGGAGGUUAAACAACUGGCUCUAUGGUGCAGCUGGAACAAUCAGGAGCUGAACAUUCAUAAAACUGUAGAAAUAUGAAUGGAUUUUAGGAGGAGCCCUCCUAUUUUAUCAUCUCUUACUCUAUUCAACAGCAUAGUAUCAGCAGUAGAAUUCUUCAAGAUUUUGGAUUCUAUAACUUCCCAGGAUUUGAAAAGGACUCCUAACAUUACCAUUAUCAAAAGGACACAACAAAGAAUGUGUCAACUUAGGAAGUUCAGACUGCCCCAGAAGUUGUUGAUAAAAUUCCACAAAAGAAUUAUUGAAUCUGUCAUUUGUACUUCUAUAACUGUCUGGUGUAGUACAGUAACUAAACAGGAUAAGUGCAAACUCCAACAGAUAGUUAGGACUGCAGAAAAAACAAUUGCAACCAGCCUGCUUUCUGUAGAAGACCUGUAUAUUGCAUGGGCCAAAAAAAGGCUAAGAAAAUUGUUUCAACUCUCCUCAGAAUGCCGCUAUAGGGCAUUACAUGCCAAAACAACUAGACACGGACAGUUUUUUCUCUCAUGCCAUCACUCUGCUGAACACCUAAUCCUCACAGUAGUGUCUUAUGUCUAAGUAUAUUCACUCAUGUUGUAUGACUAAUAUUAUUAUCCUCAUCUUCUCUACUACCCCUUCUUACUGGUGUUAUGAUUAUUAUUAUUGCUUUGUUGCUUUGCAUGUACACUGAGAGCUUCUGCACCGGAGACAAAUACCCCUAAUCACACUUAGCUAAACAAAGUAUCCUGGCUGUCCUGUCCUGUCCUAUCCUAUCCAUUUCCUAUUCCUGUCCAAAUAGGUAAGAUUUUAGCACCCAUGCUGGCUAGGGGACAGAUGGGAAUUUUUGUGUGAUGACUUAAGUUUUGCUAUUAGAAAGCACCAGGGACACUAGAAUUUAUUUAUGUAUUUGUUUGUUUUUUUGUUUAAGUUUUAAAAAUGUACAGUUUGGAGACAGGCAACAAAAAUGAUGCAAGGCCUGAAGAACAAAACAUAACAGGAGGGAUUGAAGGAACUGAAUAUGUACAGCCUAGAGGACAGAAGGGAAAUGGGGGGGGGGAACGUGAUUGAAAACUUUAAAUAUAUUAAGGAUGCAAAUAAGGUUCUAGAAGGCAUUUUCACUAUUAGACAAUAAUAAAAAAUAUGGGUGCAUAACCUCAAAUUGACAAGAAGAAGGUUCAAAAGAAUGUUAGAAAGUAUUAUGUCACAGAUAAUAGUGGAAGCUUGAAACAAACUUCCAGUGGAAGUAGUGGGUCAGUUAUCAGUAACUGAGUUUAAACAUGUUUGGGAUAAACAUAUGUUUCAUUCAACAAAAAUUUAAAAAUAAAUAAAAAAACAAAAUAAAAAAUUCAUACUGCAGAUUCAA